GGCGUGUCCUGCCAGGAAGGCGCGUGGGAACCGUAAUAACGUACGAAACAACAACAGAGGGUGCAAAUUGACGCUCAGCGCGAACCGUGCUUUAUCAAAUAUCGAACGGAGUUAUCUGGCGAAAAAUAACGACCGAUAGCUUUUAACGUCAGCUCGCACUUACUUGAAUUGAGACUUUGGUCGUCGGUAUGCCGCGCGCCGUUGCUGACUUCUUUAGCUAAGCUAGCAGUUAGCUGCAGUGACGGGCAAUUGUUGUUUUUUUACUUUGGCCCAAGUUGGUGGUAAACGUUUGUUUCGGUCUGAUGGUGUGAUGAUACCAUGAAAAACAGCUGAUGAUGCGCACACAGCUUUCAGAUCAUUUGUGACUGGGUUUGCUGGCCGAUAAAGACAAAAAGCGUCCGGAUGAUGGCGUCCACCGAAGGGGCUGUUGAAGAUGCCGGGGCACGCGCAUCCGGCCAGGGAGAUGAGGCACCAAAGGCACAAGAAGCCUCGCUGAAGAGGAAAAGCGCUGAGCCCAAAAAGCAAACGGCGAAAAAGAAGAAAAAGGCCCGUGCGAGCAGGGCGGCCCGGCCCGGCUACACGGUCCACGAGGGCGAGGACAUGCUCCUCGUCAUAUCCAGCAGCGCCUCGCAGUACGACGGCUCCGUCUGGGCCCCCAAGAAGAAGCGAGGCAAGAAAAAGAACGCUGCUACUUCCAAAGGAAAAGGCAAAAAAAACGCUGCAACAAAGAAGAAAAAGAGCAAAACGAUUCUUCGCACAGCGGCUGUCGAGGAAAGAGGGGAGGAGAUGUUUGUGGCAGCGAAGCCGAGCGACCACAGAUGGGGGCAAAGUCUUCCUGAGGAGGUUCUGGUCAAUAUUUUUAAGAUGGUGCUCACGCAAGAUGGUGCCAUCCCCUUUCUGUGCAGGGCGGCAAGAGUGUGCCGCCUGUGGAACGCCGCCGCCGCCACUCCGGUCCUGUGGCGCAAAGUCGCCGUCGGUCACUGCUGGGUCGCGCCGGGCAAAAGUCAGCUGCCAAAAACGCAGAGCCAAAUUAAAGACACAGUAGACUGGCUGGCACAGAACAGAUUCUCUCAGUUGCGGGAUUUCUCGCUCCAUCAUUGGAGCAAAAAUGUUGACCAUGCAGUAGACGUGGUGUCGCAGUUCUGCCCUCACUUGAGCGCCCUCACGCUCUCCUACUGCACCGGCCUGACGGCGACGGCCUUCCGGAGCCUGGGCCGGCACGGCCGCUCGCUGCGGCGCUUAAACCUGCAGUACGCGGAGUUUCAGGUGGAAGGUCUUCUCGCUUAUCUGGAAAGUCACGGCGCUCAGAUCCGGCAGAUCUGGUUCACUCACGGUUGGAAGAACGACCGAGUCCUCGCCAGCAUCUCUAGGGGAUGCUGUCCCGAUCUGGAGUUGCUGGAGGUGAACACGAGGCUGGACAGUAAAGACGGCGAACUGGCCGUUUGCGUCCAAGCGCUGCAGACGGCUUGCCCCAAACUUAAGACUUUCCGGAUGCUGAACAUCCACCCGCUGCACAAGAGCAUGCGUAAUGCUGCUCAAUUAUCUCCGGGCUUCCCCCUGCUGGAGGAGCUGUGCAUCGCCACCGCGUCGUACUCCUACGUGACCGACAAAUACCUGCGGGACAUACUCUUUGGCUCCCCCCGGCUGCGAGUGCUGGACCUGCGGGGCUGCUCGCAGAUCACGUCGGCGGGUCUGGCGGCAUUGCCGUGUCUAGAGCUGGAGUGCCUCUUCUGGGGUCAGUAUUUCAGCAGUCACGUGGUCUCGUCGUCCUUGAAGAAGGGGCUCCACGCCGUGACGCAGAAGUGGAAGCACACGCUGCGGCAGCUGGACGUGGCCAAUCAGCUUUUCUCCGAGGAGGACCUGGAGUUAGCCAUGUGCCACCUGGCCAGCGCCAACAACGCCAACAUCCUGCACUCGCUCAACCUGAGUGGGACCAGAAUCACGCCGGCUGCCCUGAGGUCUCUCAUCGGCCAAAUGACGGCGCUAGACUACCUCAACCUGUCCUCCUGUCGGUCUCUACCCAGAGGGCUGAAGAGGGUUUACCGGGGACAAGAGGCCAUUCGCCAGUUGCUGGACAAAUUGGAGUAGAGCUCAAACCGCGCGAGGAGGCUCAUUAAGAUUCUUUAACUUUUGCAAAAAGACCACAGCGCAGCCUGGAGUCACUCAAAUGUUUUGGCGUCCAAAUACGCACUUAUUUCAUUGAUUUGGGGAAAUAAAUGUAGACAGUUCA